CAAACAUAUGAUUCCAGACUCACCAUUUUUGGCGGAUAUUGCGGGCGGGAUCAACGAAAGCUGAGGCCAGCUGCAAGUGUUGAUAUGGUUAAAAAAUUUCCGGGAAUCCAAUCUUUCUGGCUUCAAACACAGCGCAUGCCUGAGCAAUGUUAUCAAGACGCGGGAUGAGCCCGCCGCGCUUUUUUCAUUCCAUCCAGUUAUACUGGUUAGAGGGCAUCUCAAUAGGAUGUUUAGCAUUAAAGAUAUAAACUUCAGUGUCUUUGCCUGUUUCUCAAUGUUGAGGAAAAAGUGCCCUGAGUUGUUAAAGAGGUUCAUUAACCCAAUGAAGAGAAUCCCCAGGGCCAAGGCAGCGCUAUCUGUCGAGAAUAUGCGCCCAGUACACCAGGGUCGCCCGCAAUUCGAGUCAGGUAGACACGAGAUAUGCAGAUAUGACACCAACUCUCGCUGCCAUGGAUUUUGAGGGGGAAAUACCAAGAACACCAUCGGUUCCAGUGUCAGCUGUGGUCCUCAAGGAGUUUUCCGUCAGUUAACGCCAGGUCUCUUGAGUGGAUUGGGAUUACCUCCUUGGUUCAUGGAUGUCGUGCGACGCGCAAUCCUCUGAAUCGAUCAUCAUGCAGCUCACCGUCUGAAGCAUCAAGAACGGGAUCAUGGGCCACGGUGGAUUUGAAAUCAGUACCAGGGCCACCAUCAAGUCCUGGACAGUUGUUAUUAGACCCUGGUGUCCAUAACGACCACGAAGAUCUCUUCACUAGUAAUCUCAUCGCAUUCAGUUCCUCAUAGCAUGGGUUGAUCAUAUGCCGUCGUUUACCCACGCCGAUCACCUGAGAGAUGGGUUUCCCGGGGUGCGCGUACCCCAAGCGGCGGCCAAGCGGCCAUUACAAUCCACGCCUACUUCGCAUUUCCCACCCCUACCAAUCAUGGCCUUGUGCUUUUAAAAUAGAGAUUGCGAUUAAAACGAGCGCCAUCCAUAGCAGAUAUGUCAGCGACAAAACAAGCACUGGAGGGUUGUUUAUUAUCGUUAUUAUCCGUACGUCUAACGGAAAGCCGCUUGUUAACCGAUCUAUCCGCUUGCUUCCAUGUCCGGGAAAAUAUUCGGAUGCCAUUUCCCAAGAUAUCUCGGUCAAGCUUUUCUUCAAACACUCUGGUCCCGCGGACCAAUCAAAGCAAGAAAUAUGGCCCAGAGUGUUGGGUGACUGGAAUUAAAAACUAGGUUGUAACGUGAACCAUAAUGCUCUGUCAGCUGGAUUUGAAAUGAUAAUUAGCAUACUAUGCUGCUGUACUGACUAG